UCAACUAGCCUCCAAGAUGCCCACCAAGAAGACCAAGACUAGGAAGCUCCGUGGUCACGUCAGCCACGGACAUGGUCGUAUCGGCAAACACAGAAAGCAUCCUGGAGGUCGUGGUAAUGCUGGUGGUAUGCAUCAUCACAGAAUCAACUUCGACAAAUACCAUCCUGGGUACUUCGGUAAGGUGGGUAUGAGACAUUACCAUCUGAAGAGGAACACCACCCACUGCCCCACCAUCAACCUGGACAAGCUGUGGACGCUGGUGAGCGAGCAGACCCGGCUCAACUACGGCAAGAAGCCCGACGGACCCGCGCCCAUCAUCGAUGCCGUUCGCUCCGGCUACUACAAAGUCCUGGGCAAAGGCAAGCUGCCCAAGCAGCCGGUGAUCGUCAAGGCCAAGUUCUUCAGUCGGCGGGCGGAGGAGAAGAUCAAGGCAGUGGGAGGAGCCUGUGUGCUGAUGGCAUAAAUGUUCCUCUCAGUGGGUUUUUGCAAAAAAUAAACUGUAUAAAUGGAA